UUAUUUAAUUGAAAUCGUUUAAACCAAAGUGCAAUAAUAAUUAACAAGAAGCAAAAUCAAAGUACGUGAAAUACGAGUGACAACGAGACAAAGUGCAACUCCAUAAAUGAUAUUAAUAAUAACAACAACAACAAAUAACCUUGUGGCUGUCACUAAAAGAAAUAAUUGACGUAGAAGGAGGUAAAAUAACAAAAGAGAAACAAGGAGAGCAAGUAGAAAGUUCAGUUUAACAACAGCAGCCGCCAGUGUAGUGAGUGUUGUGUUAAAUAGCCCUUUGAAAGGAUAAGUGAUUAAAUAAUAACAAAUCAAACGAAGAGAAAACGCUUUGAUAAACGUGUGUUUAUGUGUAUGUGUGAGAGUGUGUGUGUGAGUGAGACGGACCUAUCAGCAAAUAGAAAAUACAACUAAAACAGUUUCUGUUGCUGUUGCAUACGAAAGACAAGCACAAAAGAAAAUACGAAAACAAAAAAAAAAUAAAAUAAAACACACACAUCAAGUGAAAAUUCCAAUUCCCUUUUAGUUAGAAACAACACCAAAUACAACAACAACAACAAAAGGUCUCAAAGAAGUAGCAAACAAGGCUACAGCAACUUUCAGCUCAUUUAACGAUAAAAAUUUGAAUGCGGCUGCAGUUUUAUCAUUUCGAAGAAAAUGGUUUCUUUAAUUGAAACAAUCGAUGCAGCAGCGGCAGCACAAAAUCAGCGCAAUGGCGUGAUCGCUGCUGCAUCUUCAUCUCCAUCGUCAUCAAGCUCUGCCGCCAAGAAUUCAGGAGCAUCCUCUGGAGGAUCGGGACUAACUGCCAGCGGCAAGCCCAAGGAGAAACGCAGGAACAAUGAGAAACGCAAGGAAAAGUCCCGAGAUGCGGCUCGUUGCCGUCGGUCCAAGGAGACGGAAAUCUUUAUGGAAUUAUCACAGGUGCUGCCCUUAAAAACGGACGAUGUAUCCCAACUGGACAAAGCCUCUGUGAUGAGAAUUACCAUUGCGUAUCUCAAGAUUCGUGACAUGUUCCAAUUGGUGAACAAAGUGCGUGAUUGCAAUGAUUUGAUUAAACGGGAUACUGAUUCUAACAAUGGUGAUGAGAAAAUUAAACCUAAAUUGGAAAUCAAUGAUGAAGAAUGGUUGAAAUGCCCAGAAGCUAGUCAGCUGCUUAAGCAGACGAUUGAUGGUUUCUUGUUGGUGCUAUCCAACGAAGGAGAUAUUACCUAUGUAACCGAAAAUAUAGUCGACUAUUUGGGCAUCACCAAGAUUGACGCUUUGGGUCAACAAAUCUGGGAGUAUACGCACCAAUGUGAUCAUGCUGAGAUCAAAGAGGCCCUCAACUUGAAACGCAAUGGCAUCGCUGAUAAGAUCAAGGAUGAACAUUUGCUGGAAUCUGGCAUCACAACGCAUCAUCGCGAUUUGUUUGUGCGCAUGAAGUGCACAUUGACAAGUCGUGGGCGUAGCAUUAACAUCAAGAGUGCCUCCUAUAAGGUUAUACACAUAACUGGUCAUUUGACAGUUAAUGCCAAAGGCGAACGCCUACUUGUGGCCAUUGGACGUCCCAUACCGCAUCCGUCCAAUAUUGAGACUCCAUUGGGUACCAGCACUUUUCUAACUAAACAUUCGCUGGAUAUGAAAUUCACCUAUGUGGAUGAUAAAAUGCUUGGUCUGCUUGGCUAUAAGCCGAACGAUCUACUUGAUACUUCUUUGUUUGGCUGCCAACAUGGCGCUGACUCUGAGCGUCUAAUGGCCACCUUUAAGAGUGUUUUAAGCAAGGGACAGGGUGAGACCUGUCGCUAUCGUUUCCUGGGUAAAUAUGGUGGCUACUGUUGGAUUGUUACCCAAGCCACUGUGGUUCUCGACAAGCUAAAGCCUCAGAGUGUUGUCUGUGUGAAUUACGUAAUAAGUAAUCUUGAGAAUAAACAUGAGAUUUAUUCCCUUGCACAACAAACGGCGGCAAGUGAGAAUAUCGAGGAAUCAUCUGAAACGGAAGCCAAUAACAACAGUAGCAACACUAACAACAACAACAACAGCAACAGCAACAGCUCUACAAACCCAGAAACAACAACAAUAAUAACUGCUAAAUUAAACGAAAAUCAAAUAAUUCACGAAACAACCAAAACUACAACAACAAUCAUCGAUAUUGAGGAUAAAACCAAACUAAUUGAUACAAAAGAAAUCAUUGAGGAAACACAUAAACCAACCAUCACAAAAGCAACAACAACAACAACAACAUCAACAAUUGCUACUGCAACUAUCGACGAUAUAAAGCAACAACAACAACAAUUGCCCGCCGAAUUGCUGCUAAUAAAACGUGAAAAUCAUUCGCCUGGUCCACGUACCAUAACUUCACAGAUCAUAAGCAACAACAACAAUAACGCAAAUUUGUUGCGUCUCGAAGAGAAACGUCCCAAAUCGGUGACUGCUUCGGUUUUUCGAAAUACUGCUGCAACACCACCAACACCGACACCAACAACAUUAGCAACAACAGCGACAACAUUAGCUACAUCAGCAACAUUGCCGGUGAAUUUGAGAAAAACAACAUUCAACGUUGCUGCUGCAGUCGUCGCUGCCGCCGCUGAGCAAACAUUGCCACCAACAACAACAACAACGGCUGCAAUUUUAUCAUCUAGCAAUCAAUCAUUGCAGAAUCUUCAUCAGCAACAACAACAACAACAACAACAGCAGCAACAACAAACGCAAGAUAUGAAUAAAGGAUUUCUAUCAUUUGCUGAUGAUGGUCGAGGUUUAACAAUGCUUAAAGAGGAACCUGAUGAUCUAUCACAUCAUUUGGCCGCAACUGCCUGUAUCCAGCUGGAUGAUACACCAUUUGGCGAUAUGCUAGUUGGUCUUAUGGGCACAUGUCUGUUGCCCGAUGAUAUCAAUUCCCUAGAUUCGACAACGUGUUCGACAACGGCAAGUGGUCAACACUAUCAGAGCAAUAACAACAACAAUACCAGCAGCAGCAACAGUCCCAACAACAACAACAACAGUCCCAGUGGCAGUUAUACCAGCAAUAACAGUCCUCUCAGCCCGCAUACAGCAACUAGAGCAACAGCCGGAGUCAGUAGCGGAAGCAAUACAAAUAGCAACCCAGGCAGCAGUCCCAAAAGCAACAGCCAUCACCAGCAACAUCAGCAACAGCAGCAGCAGCAUCACCACCAGCAAUCACAGCAGCAACAGCAGCAACAACAUCACCAUCAUCACGAUAAUAGCAAUAGCAGCAGCAACAUCGAUCCCCUGUUUAACUAUCGUGAGGAAUCGAACGAUACAAAUUGCUCACAACACUUGCAUUCGCCCAGCAUAACAUCCAAGAGUCCUGAGGAUAGUAGUCUGCCGUCGUUGUGCAGUCCCAAUUCACUGACUCAGGAAGAUGACUUCUCGUUCGUUGAUUUCGGCAUGCGUGCCCCCUAUAUACCCAUGGGCGAUGAUAUGCCCCUGCUCACAGAGACAGAUCUCAUGUGGUGUCCGCCUGAGGAUCUGCAGACAAUGGUGCCGAAGGAUAUCGAUGCCAUGCAACAGCAAUUGCAAUCAAUACAACAACAGCAGCAGCAACAACAACAAUAUAGUAAUAACACUUACCAGCAGCAACAGCAAACGGCAACAACUCUCCAGCAACAGCAGCAGCAGCAACACCAGCAUUUUUCCAACUCUUUAUGCUCAUCGCCGGCAUCGACAGUAUCGUCGUUAUCACCGUCACCAAUGCAGCAGCAGCAACAUCAUCAUCAACAGCAACAACAGCAGCAACAAUCAAAUGUGUUUGCCAGCGAUACAAGCGAGUUGGCAGCUCUGCUUUGUGGCACAGGCAAUGGAACGCUCUCUAUUUUGAGCAAUGGCAAUGGUGCCAACGAUGAUGACUGUGUGUCUGAGCAACGCUUGCAACAAUUGCAACAGGAAUUGCAAUUGCAAGAACACCAGCAACAGCAACAUCAACAGCAGCAACAACAACAGCAGCAACAGCAAUUGUUAAGCCUUAGCAUCGAGUGCAAAAAAGAGAAAUAUGAGGAGACAAUGGCACCCAGCCUAUGUCAUUCCAUUGAGGAUGCAUUUGAGAAUGACUAUAGCAAGGAUUCCACAACACUAGAUUGGAGUGAAUUGUUGCAGAUGCAUGUGGCAGAUGCCACAACUAGCAGCAGUCCAGCCGUGUCACCUUUACCAAUGGCAGCCAAUAAAGUGGCCACCAUACAAUUGUUGCAACAACAUCAGCAACAAUUGCUGCUGCAGCAGCAACAGCAGCAGCAACAACAGCAACAGAAUAUCAUUAUUAACUCUGUGCCAUUGAUAACCAUACAAAACAAUAAGGCAAUGUUGCAACAACAGGAUCAGUUGCAUGAGCUGAUAAUGCCAAUAGGCAAACAGCCAGCCAUGAAGCUAUUAAAUGGAACCACCAUUGCUCCAGUGACCACCAAGGCAACCAUACGUCUGGUGGAAAGUAAAGCACCCAUACCGACACAUGGUCGGACAACAACAAUAUUGCAGACUGUAAUGCCCCAACAACAGCAGCAACAACAAAGUCAUGGCAACAAGCGUCAUUUAAAUACACAGACAAGUUCAGGAAACCCCAUCGAAUCCAAACGUCUAAAGAGCGGCAACGUGAGCCUAGAAGUGCAAUCGCCACAAUUGCUGCAGCAGCUUAUUGGCAAGGACUCAAGCCAACAGCAAACGCAGGCUUCAAAGAGAACGUCGGGCGAUCGUUGGUCAACAUCGGCAACAGUACUUGCCACAUCAGCAGCAGCUACAACGGAGAGCAAGCAGCAGCAGAUGCAAAAGCAACAGCAGCAAUCCAAUUCAGUGCUUAAGAAUUUACUGGUCAGUGGACGUGAUAUAAGUGCCGGCUACUGCAUUGUGCCCAUGCGGCCCAAAAAGCAGCUGGCUAAAGUCUAAAAACCCAAGUCUAGAGAGUCUCCUGCCAUUUAAACCAAAACCAUAACCCAAUCCAACUGAACCCAACCCAGCUAAAGUUGGGGAAGGCGUUUCAACUAUGGACAAAAACCCAUCUCUGCAAUUUGUCUUUGUAAAUGGAUCGAUUUUAUAUAUAGUAAAAGCAAAAUGAAAUUGAAAAGCAAAACGUCAAACAAAACAAAAACAAAAAAGAAAAAGGCAAAAAAAACAAAACUCUUUUGGAGUGUCUUAGCUUUAGUCUUUAGACUAGUUUUUAAAGUUAUAUAGUCUUGGAUCUAGUUAUAGCGUUUAGUGUAAGUGUGUGCUGCCCCCGAUGCAGCUGUGUGCAGACUUUAAAUUUAUAAAAUUUUGUAGACUAUUUAAAAUAGUAAGCGAUAUCGGUGUCGGCAUUGGCAUCGGCGAUCGAUAUGGCAAAAGUUAUCUCUAAUUUGUAAGUUUUUAGCUUGGCGCGAUUUGUUGAUUUCGUUUUUAAGUUGACCAUAAGCCAAUGUUGUUAUAUUCUGUUGAGCAUAUUCUGUUGUAAAUAAUAAUCAUAUAAUAAUUAAAAAAUUAAAAUUAAAGAAACUAAACAACAAAAAAAUAAAUAGGUUCUAGACGUGACUACCAAAAGCAUCACAACAAGAAGAAUAAAAAUAAUAA